AUGGAGGACGAGGAGUUUGGUGAAGAUGUUCUCGUAACCACGCGCUUGGACGAAAUCAGUGUCAAAGAGGAAGCUAAAACAGAAGAAUCUAGAUCCACCUGGGAAACAAGUAAUGAGAUGGUCAUAAAGAUUGAAAAGAAAGAAGAGGCUGAAGACGAAGACGAAGAACUGUAUGGAAGUGUUUCCAUCAAGCUCAACGCUUCGGCCACGUCACAAUCUGAGGCAAAGGUUGAUAAAGGGACUGAAAUUGCUGCUACAGCUACUUGUGACGUAAAAGACGAGCCAGUAGUGGACUCGGAUGACGAUGAGGACGACGAGGACGUGGCGAUUGUGUUGAGCACUGACCAUGCGAGCACCAAACCUACAUUGCGCUUCACAGGUGGCGGUAAUCGGUACGUCCGUGGCAGUUUUGCAGGCCAACAACAUGCUAGCUCAGGAGUUUCGAGUACUGGAGCCAUGACAAGCUCUCAGCCUGGAGAUUCAGGUGGAUCCACGGCCGAUGGGUUGGAUGACAUGACCAUGUUCGGAGGACGGCGCACCGCAUUUGAUGUGGAUAUAGAUCUGCUCGAAGACAGACCAUGGCGGAAACCUGGUGUGGAUAUAUCCGACUAUUUUAAUUAUGGGUUUGAUGAGCACAGUUGGAGGGAGUACGCUACACGACAAUUGAGAUUGAGGCGUGAGCUUGCUGUCGAGAAGUCGACAGAGCAAGCAUCGAGACAGGCGGUUAAUGCAGCUAAUCAGCAAGCUAUGCGAGAUCGAGAUGCAAAGCUACAAAUACGAGGAGGUGGAGGAUUGCCUCCACGGGGAUUCUCAGGAGCAAUGAAAGGAGAUGGUGUAGAUGAGCAGACCGGAGAAUGGGGCGCUGGGGGAAAUGGCUUGCCGCCAAUGGGCGGUGCACCACCGCGAGGUGCAUUUUUAAGUGGCCCACCUCCAAGAGGCUGGCAUCCAGGUAUGGGCCCGCCUCCAGGCUUUAUGGGUCAGCAGCCUUGGAAUGGGCCACCUAUGGGAGGAGCGCCAUGGGGCGCUGGGCCUGGAGUGGGACCUCCUUGGAUGGGUGGACCCGGCGGAGACAGAGGCCGUAGUGGCGUUGUAGAUGAUCGCGGAAGUAGUGGCAAGGAUGACUGGAGUGAAAGACCUGGAGGUGGAUCACAGGAAGCAAGUCGCGAUCGAUCAAAGUCUCGCGAUCGCCCUCGCCGUGAUGAUCCACGAAGUAGUGGACGCCGAGAUGAACAGGACAGUAGUAAAGGGAUAAGUGACCAGGACCGAAAUCGUGAUAGAGAUCGAGAAGAUCGACGUGACCAUGAUCGAGUAAGUGAACGGGAUCGAAAUCGAGUAAGUGAACGGGAUCGAGAUCGAGUAAGUGAACGGGAUCGAGAUCGAGUAAGUGAACGAGAUCGAGAUCGAGGUCGAGAUGGUGGUAGAGAACGAGAUCGCGAAAAGGGUCGAGAAGAUCGUGGACGCGAUCGCGACCGAGACCGGGACCGUCCACGAGAGCGUGAAGGCCGUGGAACAGUUGAGCAGGAAAGGGAGCGAAAAAUCGCGAUGAUCGAUCCAGCAGUAGCCGAACUAGUGAUCAGCGGCAUAAACGUCGGCAUUAGACAAGUUAAGAUCCGACUGAUUGAUUGUUACAAGCUCACUUUCGUCUAA